GGCAACAAUUAUCAAUUAAAAAAUCCCUCUGCCACGAUAGUACAUAAAUUGCCUUUCAAUGUACCAGCAGCGUGUGAUGAAAGUCGGUCGAUUAGUGUGAUUGUUAAUUGUGUUUUGCAGUUCCUUUGUGAACUUUUUGUUUUAUCGACUUUUUACGAAUUAUUAUUUUUACUUUUUAUUAAAUGGCCAGUUAGAAUUCAACGGGUUGCAUCUUAUAACUUAUUUUACCAAAUCAUUUUAAUAGUUUUACAAUUUUAAUUUUUUUUAAAUCGAAUUCAACAUGAUUGACCAGUUGGUGAUUGAUUCAAAGCCAGACUGUGAAACUGCCUCCUCCUUGACAACGUCAUCAAAUGGUGCACAUUCACUAAGCCAAUCAAACAGAAAAGCGAACAAUUACGUUGCAUCAAACAAAUUUACCAAAAAAGAGUCAACGGAUUCAGGUUAUGGCAGUGGCGACAGUAACAGCUUUCAAACGCCUUCGCGUACGAACGGUAAAGAAUUUUUAAUCGAUGAAAGCACUCGGCAUGCAUUUGAAUUGAUCCGCGAAACAGAUGAAUCGGCAAUGGAUCUUAAUACAACCGAUAUGUCAUUCAGGGAAGAUGUAGAUAAUAACGAAGAAAUGGACUUUAACUGGUUGCAAAACGAGUUGCAGUAUGACAAUCGAUCCGCUAACAGUGCGAGCAGCCUAGUCUGUGGAUCAGCAUCUGAGCUUCCACGAGCAAUGGAUGCGUGCAAUUCACCGGAAAAAUCCAACGAAAUGUCUUUUUAUGAUAACACACCGCUAAGUAGUCCGCUGCCAUGUUCCAUAAGUCCAUCCGAAUCGUCUCUCAUGUUACAUGAGAAUCUGCCAACGGAUUUCACAAUCACACCAUCCAGUGACAUCGAACGUCGUCCAUUCAGCGAGGUCGUUUUCAACACACUAGAUACCAGUGCAACCACUAAGAGUGCAUGUCGGAAAUUGAAAUUCAUUGAACCGUCCGGCACAGCACCAAAACGUAUGGAUUCACCAAGGACACCGACUACACGACUGAGCCCGAAAAAUUUGGGUAGCAUUUUUCAUCCACUGAACAGUAUCGGUGAAUCGUCCAAUUCAAAUGACGAUUAUGAUAUGGAAUUGCUGGAAAUGGAUGCGAUGGAAGAUCAUGAUAAUUUGCCACCAGCCAAUUUCGAUUCGGUUAUUCAUGGACAAAUGACACAUCCGCCGCUGAGGCGAGGAGUGAGUUUAAACGAAAGUACAACUUCCAGUAGGAGGAAUCGACAGUCACUUAGCAGUGAUGGCCUGGAAGGAGUAAGUGCGCUUGGUGAAAAUAGUCCGCCGUUUGUGAUGCAUGGUUUCAAGCGGUCCGAACGAGGUGUGUGCAGUCCCAUAAACAGUAAGCGGUGGAAAUCAGAGAUGGAGGGAAAGGAGAAUGUACCACAAGCUAGACCAGUGCUUCAAAAAUCAUUUUCAAUGAUCGAUUCUAGUCUCAAUAUUAUGAAAGCGCUUGAAAAAGCUGAUCUAGGCUUGAUUGGAGACCACAGUAAACCAUUCUGUUUGCCAAUAACGAACGGUAAGCAACGAGAUUUGACCUGUAUUUCCGUGCACACAAUGGCAAGGCUUUUAAAUGGAGACUACAAAAAUGCAGUAAAUUCAUACCGUGUGAUUGACUGCCGAUAUCCGUACGAAUUUGAAGGUGGUCACAUAAGGGGUGCUGAAAAUUUAUACACAGAAGAUGACAUAUAUCGUGUUUUAAUGAGUACAAAGACUGAAACGGCGACGGUGGUGCCAGUUGAACCAAAGAGAAAUAUAAUCAUAUUUCAUUGUGAAUUCUCCUCACACCGAGGACCCAAAUUAGCAAAAUUCUUACGGACAAAAGAUCGAGAUGCCAACAACGAUAUAUAUCCAGCACUGCACUAUCCCGAAAUCUAUCUACUCGAUGGCGGUUACAAAGAAUUCUUUAAAUAUUACACCGAUCUUUGUGACCCAAAGACGUACCUGCCGAUGCUGGAACCAGCGUACGACUCAUACUAUAAGCACUUCCGAGCGGCAACGAAAAGCUGGAAUGGCGGCGACCGAGUCACUCUAAGUAGGACGGGGAAGUCAAGGUCUCGACUUUUGUUGUAAUGGAAAAUGAAGUAUAAAAGAAUCUAAAAAGUGAAAAACGGAAAUCAUAUAAAAUUCUGUCAACGAAAACCAGAAUGACCCUUUCAAAAACAACCGAAAAGAAAUUAUCCGAAAAGAGAAAAACUUUUUAAAUUUUUUUUUGUAAAGAAAAUGAAAUUACGACAAAAUAUUAGAAAUGGGACUUUUGCAUAUUCACCGCAGUUGACGACCGGUGCUUAUUUUUUUAUAAAAAAAAGAAAACUGUGAUUUCGUCCACCGAUUCAAAUAAGAGGAGUGUACAAAAAACUAAACAGAAGAAAAAUAAUUAAUGAACAAGAAGCCGCUGAGAAAAGAACAAAAUGGAACGAAACGAUUCAUAUUAAUCGAUAGAUUGUUUUAUUUCGUUAUAAUGAGCUGAAAAAAAUAAGACUUAAGUGAGCAUUUAUUAUUAUAUUAUGAGUAUACAUAGUACCGCAGGC